CUGUAUGGAUACGAAUUCGAGAUAUUGGACUAUGGCUGAUUUCAAAAGUUUACAAAUAUAUUUAGGUGGCAUGAUGCAAAGAUCUGGAAAUUUGAAUCUACGUUGUGUAGUAUGUUUGAGACCAGCUUGGAACUAUUAUUAUGGAGCACACGCAUGCAAAUAUUGUCAAUAUUUCUUUGUAACUACUGUCAUUUACAGAAAAAUUUAUUUUUGCUCUCAUAGUGGAAAUUGUCCCUUAAUAAAAAUCGGUGUAAACGAAAAUAGUUGUAAAUUCUGUCGUAUGGAUCAAAGUAUUUCUAAAGGAAUGAUGGUGAUUAAAGUUGGAAAAUAUGACCAACGUAAGAAUUCGUAUUACUUAAAACAAGCAAGGAAUUUCAUUGUGAAAUCAAAUCCUUCAGAGGAACCAUUAAAUCCAUACGCUGUGGCAGAAAUAAGAGCUUUUGCGAAGACCAUACACGAGUUAAAAAAGUUUUUUGUAAAAUGGAUGAAUAGAGGACAUAUGCAAGAUUAUUUUGUUUCUCUCCCUCGUAGUCGACGUAUAAAGUGUUUAGAAAGAUUGGUAAUAAUGAGGAUUGCAGAUGAUUCUGUAGAUCUUCACGAUGUUUUGGUAUUACAAGAUAAAUAUUAUAUCGAUCCGUACUUAAUUCCAAUUUCAAGCUUACAGUACGUUGCUAUACAAAUUUUGGAAAUGGUAAGAUACGUUCAAGAUAAUAGUGGUGAAAUAGAUAGUGUUUUUCACAGAUUUGAUGAGACCUUACUAGGCGAACUCAUUACCUAUCUCGAUAUAAGAGAAGACUCGUGUUAUCAAGCAUUUAGAUUUAAAAUUGUGGCUACAGCAGAAUGGCUUAAAACUUGUUACGAUGAAUUCAAAAAAUAUGCUCCAGAUCUUAUUUGUCAACGUUAUUCUGUAUAAAAUUUAUAAUUGUGAAUAUAAAUCAUAUUAUAAUUAACAAAUUUUAUAAAUUAAAAUUAUUGUUUUCUGCUCCUGAUGUUCAAAAUGACUAAAGAAUUAGUUAAUUACAUAUUUCAAUUUUAAUAUAUGCAAUUUAUAAAAGCAAUAAUGCUGAGAAUAUUACU